AUGGCAUUCGACUACCAGUCAAGUAAGGUCUUCGGACUCAAUUUCAAAGAACAUGAUGCAAGAAAGAUGCGCCAUGUCUUAAAACACUACGGAAAACUCCCAGAAAACCAGGGUGAUAGACUUGCCAUUUUUCUUCGUCUCCAGACUAUUGAAACAAGUCUUGAUGAAGAGGUUUCUGAGAAAGUCAAGGAAUGGUUCGAAAAUGGUGGUGAUUUCCCAUCAACUCAUCCCGUGACUGCACCUGCGGAAGAGUCCAGCGGAGAUGAUGGAGAAGAUGAAGCAGACGAAGAUAAAGAAGAGGAUUCCGAUGAAGAAGAGGGCUCUGAUGAUGAUUCAAGUUCCGAUUCUGGUGCUUCCGUCAAUUCUGGUCACGAGUUGCAGUGGGAAGAUAGAGAAAGAGCCUUGAGACGCCACCCUGGAAUGGAUAUCUUCGACCUUUUCCCUCAGCAUCCUGACAAUCCCGAACGCGACAACUACAUCUUCGGCGCCGAACCUGAUAAUGGUCAAUUUGGAAUGGAGCCCAACAGCACAGAUGAUGAAGAAAGCUCGGAAACUGAGGAGAGCGAAGAUAAGACGGAUAGUGAAGACGACGACGAGGACGAUGAAGACGAUGAAGACGAUGAAGAAGCCGAAGACGACGAAGACGACGAAGAAGUUGAAGAAGAAGAGACCAAAGAUGAAUCAGGAAGUGACGAAGCACAUGAUAAUUCCCACAAUCUACCUGACAAAGUGGAAUGUGUUAUUUGUUCUGAGGAUGUCCUAAGAGUGAACACCUGGUCUAAUAUCACGGGUGACUGUCGACACCCAGAUACUUUACUUUGCAGGGAAUGUCUCGAUCUAUCAAUCACCACAGAUAUAGAGUAUGGAUUUUUGAACGGUAUUAAGUGUCCGCUUUGUAGUGCUAUCCUCACUGAUCACGAUAUUCUUUUCAAAGCAUCUUUGGGUGUAGUUAUCCGUUACUCUUACUUGAGAGAAAUAGCUUCCAGACCCGAUACCUUUGUAAUGUGCUUAGGCCCCAAGUGCGGUGGAGGUCAAAUACAUGAAGGCCCGGAGCCAUUGAUGGUUUGUGACCAUUGUAAAUUCAAGACUUGUGUCAAACACAAGUUACCAUGGCACCAAGGACAGUCAUGCGACGAAUUUGAUGUCGAUGACUCGCAAAUUGAACGUUUGGAGCAGGAAGAGGCCACAGCUAAGCUGCUGGCAAAGGAUUCUAGAAUUUGCCCAAAAUGCAAAGAAUGCGUUGUGAGAAGCGAUGGUUGUGACCAUAUGGAAUGUCGUUGUGGAAACUCCUGGUGCUACCUUUGCGGUGCCGACUGGGAAAAUAUCCUUAGACUCGGCGGUGCAGCACAUGGUAGAAACUGUCCCAAUAACCCCGAUUCCCACAGUCGCACUCGAAGCCAGAAUUUAGCCAAUGAGACAGCCCUCACCAAUCUGGUACAUGGCGGCCCUGUCAACGAGGCUCAAACUCGAGCCAAGUAUGCUAAACAAGCUGCGAGAAGAGAGGCAAUGAGACCAUUGGCAUUGGCUGCUGCUGAGCAGAGGAUGAAAGAACAGGCUCUAGCGAAGUCAGACUCCGAUUCCAGUACCAAGUCCGGACCACCCAAGAAGAGGACCAAGUUGGUAAGCGCUUGGGAGGAAAAAUGA